AUGCCUUCUUUGUCCAAAUUCGCGCGGCAGUCCGUGCUCGGUCUGUCCAUGCUGGCAGCCUUGGUCCAAGCCAAACCUACCUUUGACUACGGAGCCAACAAGGUCCGCGGUGUCAAUCUUGGAGGUUGGCUUGUGCUAGAGCCUUGGAUCACUCCCUCGAUCUUCGAUGCAGCGGGUGACGCAGCUGUUGACGAGUGGUCGUUGUGUCAGACCUUAGGUCAGGACAAGUGCAAGAGCGUCCUAUCAGACCACUGGCAGAAAUUCAUUACUGCCGACGACCUCAAUCAGAUCGCCAGCGCUGGAAUGAACCAUGUCAGAAUCCCGGUGGGAUACUGGGCCAUCGAGCACCUCGCAGGUGACCAAUACGUGAAUGGCCAGCUGGAAUAUCUAGACAAGGCCAUCGGCUGGGCUCGUUCGGCUGGGUUGAAAGUCAUCCUUGACUUGCACGGCGCUCCCGGCUCCCAGAACGGCUUUGAUAACAGCGGAAAGCGAGGUGCGAUUAACUGGCAAAAGGGUAACACCGUUGACGACACCAAGUCUGCCCUGAAGGCCCUUGCCGCUCGCUACGGCGGAGAUAGAGACGUCGUGACUGCCAUCGAGGCUUUGAACGAGCCCAGCGUUCCAGGAGGCGUCAAUCAGGACGGUCUCAAGCAGUACUACUACGACGCAUGGGGUGUCAUCCGCGAAGCUAGCCAAGAUACCACACUUGUCAUGCACGAUGGAUUCAUGCCCACCGAAUCAUGGAAUGGGUUCAUGGGCGCGAGCUCCGGUGUCUUCUAUGUCAUGAUGGACACUCACCACUACGAGGUUUUCGACAGUGGUGUGCUUACCAAUGAUGUCAACACUCACGUCAAGAAUGUCUGCGGAUUCUCCAGCCAACACAUCCAAACCUGUGAUAAGUGGACCAUCGUCGGAGAAUGGACCGGUGCCAUGACCGACUGCGCCAAGUACCUCAACGGAAAGGGCAUCGGUGCCCGCUAUGACGGUACUUUCCCUGGCUCCUCAAACAUCGGUAGCUGCGCCGGCAAGUCUACUGGAUCCGUGGCUGCACUGUCUCAAAACGACCGCACAAACCUGCGCCGCUUCAUCGAGGCUCAGCUCGACGCUUACGAGAAGGGCACUGGCUGGGUCUACUGGACCUGGAAGACAGAGGGUGCUCCCGAGUGGGACAUGCAGGAGCAAAUCGCCGGCGGCGUUUUCCCUAGCCCUGUCACCGACCGUAAAUACCCUGGUCAAUGCUAA